GAAAAAGAUCGACCCUUUACAAAUGGCGACUCACGGCGAGACACGCUGCCCCUUAUAACCGCACUACCGUAAUCACUGAUUUUCUGUGUAAAUAAACGUGGAAGUUGCCGAUUGGACUGUUAAAAAAACGGGAAAAAAUACGAACUAAAUUAAACACCCGGGCGAGUGUAAAAACUCAGUCGUUGAAGUUGCGAAACAAAUUGAUUUAAAAAAGAGAAGACAGAAUGGGAAACGUUAUGGCAGCCUCAGCACCUCCACCACCACCACCAUCGUCGAUUCCAUCAUUAUCACCACCCAAUAUUCCCAAAGAUCAGCAUCUAGGACAGCCAGAGUCGCCUACCAAACUGGAGAAUCCUGGGACUGUUGAGGAUCUCCACAAACUUUGCAAAGAUGUAUUUCCAUCCAACUUCGAGGGUGCCAAGCUCAUCAUCAACAAGGGCCUCAGUAACCACUUCCAAAUAUCUCACUCGAUCACUAUGAGCUCGGUCAUCAAGUCUGGAUACAAGUUUUCAGCAACGUACGUAGGAACCAAACAGACGUCUCCCUCGGAGGCAUAUCCUGUCCUCUUUGGGGAUAUUGAACCCGGAGGUAAUCUCAAUGCAACUGUUCUCCACCAGUUCACCUCCAGGAUGAGGACGAAAAUUGGAGCACAAGUGCAGAGGAGUAAGUUUACUGUUGUCCAGGGAACUACUGACUACCGUGGUGAUUCUUACACUGCAUCCUUGACUGUCGCCAAUCCGGAUAUAAUCAAUAAUUCUGGAAUUGUUGUGGGCCAUUACCUUCAAAACAUCAGUAAGGAGUUGGCAUUGGGUGGAGAACUGGUAUAUCAACGGGGUCCUGGAGUGCCAGGUCGUGCCAUCUCCAUUGUAUCAUUCGUGGGGAGAUACGCAAGUGGGGAUUCGACCAUCAGUGCCAGUAUCGGCCCUGCAAGUUGCCACAUAUGUUUCCAUCAACGGGCCAGUCCGCAGCUCCAAGUCGGUGUAGAAUUGGAUGUUAACCCCAGAAUGCAAGAGUCAACAGCAACUAUAGCUUACCAAAUUGAUCUACCAAAGGCAGAUCUUGUAUACAGAGGGAGUGUUGAUUCGAAUUGGACAGUGGGUGCAGUACUGGAGAAGAAAUUACAGCCCCUGCCCUUCACAUUCGCACUGAGUGGUCUCCUGAAUCACAGCAAAGGACAAUUUCAACUCGGUUGCGGUCUAAUUCUCGGUUAAACAAGUGCUUCUCCUUAUUCGGCAAAUAAAACAUUAGCUCCCUAAACUGAAGAAAUUAAUUUACUAAGAAAAACAAAUAAUAACAACGUGAGAAAGGAACUACUGCGACUGACAGACUUUUACUCAUUGUGAAUACAAUUGAUUUGUCACAAACGUGUUUUCUCCAUUACAAAAGAGAUUUCUCAUAUUUUCACCCUUAUGAUUUCAUUUUUAUGUUAUCACUCAGUCAGUCAACGUAAUGAACAAAUCAUUUGCCUUUUUUUUCGAGUGGACCUCGUAGAAAUGGCUAGGUACCACAGUUGUUUUAUUUGAUUCUCGAGGAAAAUUGAACGAACCAUGUCGACAAAUUUACUUAACGCUCAUCCGGUGUUUAAUUGUAUUUCUGUAAUGUUAAAUAACAAAUUACAAGUAACGCAAAUCAGUUGCAUGCAUUUAAGGGGAAGUGGAUGAAAUUGACAUUCGAAUUGUGCAUUGAACGAACCAAUGUUGAAUAGAGAAUUAUAUUGUUGAAAGUU